AGGGCGGUAAAGAAAUGGAGGAAAGCUCCGGCGCACUCUCCGACGCAGCAAUCGAAACCCUAAAAGCCCGAGGAUGGUGCUUCGGCGACUUAGAGCAACUCAAAGCGAUGAUCGUGAUCCAGUCAGCUCUCACCGACGACGCGCGCACGGUGGUGAGCUCAGUCGAAUCGGAGCUCCUCAACACGGAUCUCAAAUCCGUCGGAGCCAAGUCGUUACCCGACCCGGUCACUCUUCGCAAGUCGUCUCAUCUUCUCGGCCCCAAAGUCCUCCAGAUAGCUUGGGUUAGAGACAUUGCGAGUAGCAAUGCGGACGAUUUUGCGAGAAAUAGUAGCCGGCGGCUUUUGAAACUUGGGCUCAGUGAUGGACAUGGUGAGGUAGCUGCUAUAGAGUACUCGCAUAUCGCUUCAUUCUCCGACGACGUCGUUCCCGGCACUAAGGUUCGCCUGGAAAAUAAAGCUGUUGUUCGAAAUGGGAUUGUGUGUUUGAGUCCUAAAGUCUUGACUGUGUUGGGAGGUGUUGUUCAGUCCCUUUAUGAAGAAUGGGAGAUGAAUAAAAAAUAUUCGGGGUUUUCACGUUCGACUUUGAGGCUUUCAAAGGAGAGCGAGGGUAGCGGCCCUCCUCCGUUUGAGAAGUUGCAAGUUGGGGCACCUAGAACUCAGUUUCCUCGGCAGGACAAGCCUUAUCAGUCUGGUGUUGACACCAAGAGCAGCGAUGCUACUUUGAGAUCUUCUGACAUGAGACCAACUGAAAAGCAGCAGCAGAGCGUUCAUUCAAAGUCAAAUGAUAAUGAUGAUCCUGAUAAGAGAAGCAACAUGGAUGGCAAUCCUAAGACGGAUUCCAUUGAUGAAAGAACUGAAGAGAAACCUAGCAGCUCUGCACCAAGGCCAAAAGAAGCUGUUGAAGCUGUCCCUGUUCAGAACCAGGCAGCAGCACAGAAACUCCUCCAGAAAAUGAGUCAUCAAAACCAGGAUAGUAGGUAUUCGAGAGGUAGAAAGUUUAGAGGCAAGGGGAGGGAGGAAGAGUCGGAAGUGUUCACUUUGGAAGAAUGGGAAAAGAGGAAAGCUGGUGCAAAGCCUUCCAUAACCGCUCCUUCUGCAGAUGUUCGUCGUGAUGAGGAACUUGCUUGGCAGCUUCAAAAUCAGUUUGAUUUAGAAGAUUCUCAUGUACAGACGGGUCCUCCUCAAAAUGUGGGGGCAGAUGAUAUUAAAUUGAGCAUGUUUAAGUAUGAGAAGGAUGACGACUGGGGUAGUGGAAUGGGAAAUGAGAGGAGAGGGAGAGGGAGAGGGAGAGGAAGAAGGAGAGGAAGGGGAAGAGGAUGGGAAGAUGAGGACCGCGGUUACAAAAUGGAACAUGAAGGGAGUGGAAGAGGGAGCGGAUGGGGAAGAGCAAGGGAAGAUGAUGGCGCUAAUAAUAUGGAAUGCGGAAGAGGUGGAAGUGGCAGUGGAUGGGGAAGAGCAAGGGAAGAUGAUGUCGCUUAUAAUAUGGAACGUGGAAGAGGGAGUGGAUGGGGAAGAGAUUGGGAAGAUGAUAACAGGAGUUAUGGAACAGAACAUGGAAGGGGCGGAGGAGGGAGAGGAUGGGGUAGAAGGGAUGAUGAUGAUGCUGGCGGUUAUGGAAUGGAACAUGGAGCGCACACAAGAGGAAGAGGAAGAGGAAGAGGAGGGGGAAGGGGAAGAAGAGGGAGAUAAAGCGGAGGAUUUUAUCGACCUUUUUUUGUUUUGUAUCAGGUAGUGUGUUCGUCAUACCAUGAUUUCUUACUGUAUUUAGUAUUUACCGGCUUAGCUUCAUAUGCUCUUACCAAACAGAAUUU